AUGGCAGAUUCUGAUGAAGAUAUUGAUAGAGAUUUAGAUACAGAAAUGAACCUAGCUGGUUUUAUGUUUGGCAAUAUUGAUGAGAAUGGUCAGCUUGAGGAUGACAUUCUUGACUCUAAUGCAAAACAGCAUCUUGCUUCUCUAUGUCAGUUAGGUUUCAGUUCAUUUCUACAUGAAAUAAUAUCAGAAAAUAAAGAUACUGAAACAAAAAAUAAUAAAAGUAAUAAAGAUUCAUUAGAGAAUGGAGAAACAAUUCAAAAUCAAAAAGAUGAUAUAGAUUAUCUUAUAAAAGAUCCAACAGCUUUUGAUUUUUCAGAUAUUAAUGAGUUAGCAGAAGAUUGUAAUGAAGACAUUACAGAAAAAGAAACUGAUUAUGAUGCAGAUGAUGAAGAGGUAGAACAUAAAUUAGAUAUUCAAUUAAUGCCUCCUCCACCUAUUCCUGAAGAAAAAGAAUUGUUAACUGCAGAGGAAGCAGAAGCAGCAUUAAAGCGAAAACUUGAAACCCCACUUGCUUCUAUGUUACCAUCAAAGUAUGCAAAUGUCAAAGUUACUGAACUCUUUCCUGAUUUUCGUCCAAACAAAGUUCUUAGAUUUUCAAAAUUAUUUGGUCCUGGGAAACCUAGUAGUUUGCCACAAAUUUGGAGAGGUGUUAGAAAAAGACGUAAAAGAAAAAGACAUCAUGAUAUAAAAGAUUCAGAUUCUGGGUCAGAUGAAAAUAAUAGAAAACCAAAAUUCAAGGGUUGGGUAAUGAAUUAUUUAUCAGAACUUGUUGUCGAUAAACUAGGUGAAGAUGACGAAGAAAAAUUGUUAAUGCCUAUCAAAGAUAAAGAACAAAUUGGAAAAAGUGGAGAAACUGGGGAUAACGGUGAUAUGGGUCCAAAAGUUGCUGAUUGGCGGUUUGGGCCAGCACAAAUUUGGUAUGAUAUUUUAGAAGUACCUGAAACAGGAGAGGGAUUUAAUUAUGGAUUCAAAUUAUCUGAAAAGAUUGACGAAGAAAAAAUAAAUAUCAUUGAUUGUGCUGAUGAUGCUUUUUUAAUGGUUUCUCAAUUACACUGGGAAGACGAUGUUAUAUGGAAUGGUGAUGAUAUAAAACAUAAAGCUAGACAUAAAUUAAACACAAAAAAUAAUGCUGCUGGUUGGGUUCCUUCUAGUGAUAAUAGAACUGCUCAAGCCUUUAGUCAACCAGGUAAAGGUGUACCAAUUCCAGUAGCUCCAAAUGUCAGAUUAGCUACCUCACAAAUUUCUACACCUAUGCAUUUACUAUCACAGAAAAAUAAAAUGAAUAAUACAAAAAAUCAGCACCAACACUCAGAAUAUCAUGAUGACACUUGGUAUUCUAUCUUUCCAGUUGAGAACGAAGAGUUAGUAUAUGGGUUAUGGGAGGAGGAGAUUAUCUGGGAUGCAGAAAGAAUGAAGAAAAUACCAAAACCAAAAAUACUGACAUUGGAUCCUAAUGAUGAAAACAUCAUCCUGGGUAUUCCAGAUGAUAUAGACCCAGCAUUGUUGCAUAAAGAUAAUGGACCUCAACCCAAAGUUAAGAUUCCUCACCCCCAUGUAAAAAAGAGUAAACUUUUACUUGGCAAGGCUGGAGUGAUUAAUGUAUUGGAGGAGGAUGCACCACCACCACCACCAAAGUCCCCUGACCGAGAUCCUUUUAAUAUUUCAAAUGACACAUACUAUCUACCAAGAUCAUCAGAAACAACAUUAAGAUUGAAAGUUGGUGGUGGAAAUCUUAUUCAGCACAGUACUCCUGUGGUUGAACUACGUGCUCCAUUUGUUCAAACUCAUAUGGGUCAAAUGAGGUUAAGGAAUUUUCACAGGCCACCACUAAAACGAUAUAGUCAUGGUCCUUUAUCACAUAUAGGUUCACAUGGAGUACUACCGUUAUUAAAGCAUAUUAAGAAAAAAUCAAAGAUGCGGGAACAGGAACGAAUAGCUUCAGGUGGAGGUGAUGUUUUCUUUAUGCGCACUGCUGAGGAUCUAACAGGUCGAGAUGGUGAGCUGGUACUUGUUGAAUUCUCAGAAGAACAUCCACCUUUGAUGAAUCAAAUAGGAAUGUGCUCAAAAAUGAAGAAUUAUUAUAAGCGUAAAGCUGGUAAAGAUCAGGGCCCACCUAACUAUAAAUAUGGUGAAACAGCUUAUGCACACACUAGCCCAUUUCUGGGAAUACUAACACCCGGACAAAGUAUUCAAGUUGUAGAAAAUAAUAUGUACAGAGCACCAAUUUAUGAACAUCAUGUACCAAAUACUGAUUUUUUAGUUAUUAGAUCAAGGCAACAGUAUUACAUUCGUGAAAUAGAUGCACUUUUUGUAGCAGGACAAGAAUGUCCCCUUUAUGAAGUACCUGGUCCAAACUCUAAAAGAGCAAAUAAUUUUGUAAGGGAUUUUCUUCAAGUUUUUAUUUACAGAUUGUUUUGGAAGUCAAGAGAUACACCUCGAAGAAUAAAAAUGGAUGAUAUUAAAAAAGCUUUUCCUUCACAUAGUGAAAGCAGCAUUAGAAAACGUUUGAAACUUUGUGCUGAUUUUAAAAGAACUGGAAUGGAUUCAAACUGGUGGGUAAUAAAGCCCGACUUUCGAUUACCCACGGAGGAAGAAAUACGUGCUAUGGUCUCACCUGAACAAUGCUGUGCUUACUUCAGUAUGAUAGCAGCAGAACAAAGGCUAAAAGAUGCUGGCUAUGGGGAAAAGUUUCUAUUUACACCGCAAGAUGAUGAUGAUGAAGAAAUGCAGUUAAAAAUGGAUGAUGAAGUCAAGGUUGCACCAUGGAAUACGACACGGGCUUACAUACAAGCAAUGAAAGGCAAAUGUCUCCUACAGUUAGCAGGCCCAGCUGAUCCAACGGGAUGUGGGGAAGGAUUUUCUUAUGUUCGUGUACCAAACAAACCAACUAUUAGUAAGGAAGAACAAGAAGCUCAACCAAAACGUACCGUUACUGGUACAGAUGCUGACUUGCGGCGUCUUUCUUUGAACAAUGCCAAAGCUUUGCUACGUAAAUUUGGCGUGCCCGAGGAAGACAUAAAGAAGCUUUCACGAUGGGAAGUCAUAGAUGUUGUACGUACUUUAUCAACUGAAAAAGCCAAAGCUGGUGAAGAAGGCAUGACUAAAUUUUCACGUGGUAAUCGAUUUUCAAUAGCUGAGCAUCAAGAACGGUACAAAGAAGAGUGUCAACGUAUCUUUGAUUUGCAAAAUCGAGUGCUUUCAUCAAAUGAAGUACUCAGUACAGAUGAAGGUGAAAGUUCUGAGGAGGAUAGUUCGGAUAUUGAAGAAAUGGGUAAAAAUAUCGAAAAUAUGCUUAGCAAUAAGAAGACCAGCACCCAAUUAAGCCUUGAACGGGAGGAACAACAAAGGCAUGAGUUGAGAAAAAUGCUUAUGAAUGAUGCACCAGGUACACAAGAUGAUAAAAAAUUGAAAGACAAGAAGAAGGAUGAUGAAGAAGAAAACUCUUCUUCGAAUUACAAUUCACAGCUGGGUCGUGUAUUAAAAAUUCAUCGUACAUUUCGUAAUCCCGAAGGUAAAGAAUUCACCCGCGUGGAGAUUGUCCGAAAGCCUGCUGUUAUCGAUACGUACAUCAAAAUUCGUAAUUCAAAGGAUGAAAGCUUUAUCAAACAAUUUGCUACACUAGAUGAAGCUCAGAAAGAAGAGAUGAAACGCGAAAAGCGUCGUAUUCAAGAACAACUGCGUCGCAUCAAACGCAAUCAAGAGCGCGAGCGAAUGUUGAUCGGCAGUGCAUCCUCUGUGCUAAGCUCCAACCUCAUUUUGGAACGCACUAUAAGUACUAGUAACCUUAAUGGUGCGAGCAAUAAUUCUACUAAUAGUCAAAAUUUUGUACUUCCAAGUACUUUAGAUAGAAGUGGAGCUUCAACACCUAUUACUACAGGUGUUAACGGCUCAAACUUGGCAGCCACCCAUAACUUCGCUUUAACAAGCCUUCAGCAUAUUGGUUCAUCCUCAGCUUUGGGUGUUCAACAGCAGCACCAUGGUAGUAAGUCACGGCAUUCCAAUUAUGAACAAUUUUCCAACUCUUCAUCACCUACUAAGCGCAAAAAGUCAAAGCUGAAACCCGAUCUUAAGCUUAAAUGUGGAGCUUGCGGUAAUGUUGGGCACAUGCGUACAAAUAAAGCCUGUCCACUUUAUCAAAACAGUAUGGCCAACGCUGCACCGAUGAACGUUGCUAUGACUGAAGAACAAGAAGAGGAAAUUGAGAAGCAGCUUAACACUGAAGAUCAAGAUCUAGUCAAUAUCGACGGUACCAAGGUCAAAUUGUCCUCAAAACUUAUUAAGCAUGCCGAGGAAAUGAAAAGGCGUACGUUAUUACUGAAAGUCCCAAAAGAUGCUGUAUCAGCUAGGAAACGCAAGCGACCAACUGGUGAUGAUCAUUGUGAUUAUUUAAAAAGAUAUCAAAGGCCAGCAGGUGCCAAUCGACGCCGUACCGAUCCAGUCGUUGUACUGUCAACAAUACUUGAAAACAUUCUCAAUGAUAUGAGAGAUCUACCUGAUGUUCAGCCGUUCCUUUUUCCCGUCAAUGCUAAGAUUGUCCCUGAUUAUCCGCGAAUUAUAAGCAGACCAAUGGAUCUUCAGACAAUACGUGAUAAUCUACGUCAAAAAAAAUAUCAAAGCCGUGAGGAGUUUCUUGCUGAUGUAAAUCAAAUUAAAGAAAAUAGUUUACUAUACAAUGGUCCAAAAAAUCCGUUAACAGAAGCAGCACAACGAAUGCUUGAUUUUUGUGUGAAACAAAUUGCUGAAAAAGAAGAUAGAAUAAUGAGACUUGAAAAGGCCAUUAAUCCACUUCUUGACGAUGAUGAUCAAGUUGCGCUUUCUUAUAUUCUAAAUACAGUAGUGAAUGAUAGACUAAAAGCUAUGCAAGAAGCCACGCAAUUUCUCAAACCCGUUAAUAAAAAGAUUAUUAAGGAUUAUUACAAUAUUAUUAAAAGACCAAUGGAUCUUGAGAGUGUAUCAAAUAAAAUUGCUGCUCAUAAAUACCAUAGUCGUGCAGAAUUUAUGAGAGACAUUCAACAAAUAGUAAAUAAUUGUGUACUUUACAAUGGUGAUAAAUCACUUUUGACUGCAAAGGCUGAAGUAUUGCUUAAAGUAUCCAAAGACACUCUAAGCGAGGUAUGAUUUAA